UUGCACGAGCAUGGGUGUAAUAACAAAUUUAUAUCCAAUUGAAGCUAUACGGUACAGGCACUGUGCAUGCGCAAAGCAAUUUUACACGUGACAAGUACCUGACAAGUAGAGGAGAGCUUAGAGAUGGCUGACAGGAGCGCCCAAAAACUAGAGGUAAGUGUCGCUUUCAUUAAAGAGAAGGAAGGUGGAGAGGACAGCGAGCGUUUAAGAAGAAAGAAGGAAGGUGGAGAGGACAGCGAGCGUUUAAGAAGAAAGAAGGAAGGUGGAGAGGACAGCGAGCGUUUAAGAAGAAAGAAGGAAGGUGGAGAGGACAGCGAGCGUUUAAGAAGAAAGAAGGAAGGUGGAGAGGACAGCAAGCGUUUAAGAAGAAAGAAGGAAGGUGGAGAGGACAGCAAGCGUUUAAGAAGAAAGAAGGAAGGUGGAGAGGACAGCGAGCGUUUAAGAAGAAAGAAGGAAGGUGGAGAGGACAGCGAGCGUUUAAGAAGAAAGAAGGAAGGUGGAGAGGACAGCAAGCGUUUAAGAAGAAAGAAGGAAGGUGGAGAGGACAGCAAGCGUUUAAGAAGAAAGAAGGAAGGUGGAGAGGACAGCAAGCGUUUAAGAAGAAAGAAGGAAGGUGGAGAGGACAGCGAGCGUUUAAGAAGAAAGAAGGCGGAAGGUGGUGAGGACAGCGAGCGUUUUGUUGCUGUAUCGAAAGAGGCUUUAGAAGACCUAUCCAUCUAUAUAAUGCCGAAAAACUCUGCUCUCAAUAGUGAUUUGCUUAAAAAUUUAAUUUUGUGUCAAAUUGUCAAUAUUAUUAUUCAAAAAGUCAAAGGUCAAUAAUGUGUGAAAACCACAGUGCACUGUAUCAAACAUCAAA